UGUUUGUUGGAACAAUUAGCCAAGAUAGCAUCGUUAGCUAGCGUCGUUAGCGUGCGGAACAGCAUUACUUCCGCUGUGUCGCGUGCCAAACGGGGAGGAGGAGCGGCGAGCAUAUGCGGGCCUGCUCGUGUCGGAGUGUGAAAAAGUGAAGGAUGUGAGAAAACGUGAGGGAGAGGUGGGCGAGAAAGAAAGAGAGAGAGAGAGAGAGCUUCAAUGUGCUCGGCAACAAGCUGCCAUAACGCGAGGAAGAGGAAGAGGGGGAGGCGGGAGCGCCUGCAUCCGGAGGGAGGGAGGAAGAGGAGCAAAGAGGACGCCGAAACUGAUUGGAAAUACGGUGAAGGAUUUGAUGAACACUCCCAACAUGGAGGAAAAGCUACUUUUGUCAUUGACUCCCUUCCUCUUCAGCAGGAAUUGUUUGAGGAUUCUUCUUCUUCUCUUCCCUGCACGAGUCAUGGCCCACUGACCUUGACUUGCUGGGAUACAAACACUCCAGGCGGUACAGGUGAUGACAGAUUAUGACUAGAUAACUAGAUAAGCAGGGUUUAUCGUCUUGAGAACAUGUUCUCCAGGAAUCGCUCCAAUGGUCAACACGGAGCAAGCGUCCCCCCUAAAGGAGGCACGAAAGCUAAAGUCACCCAGCCCAAGAAGAGGGCCCCAAACCCCAAAGUAGCGCUCGUCAUUCGUGGGAAAAUACAUCGCCUUCUGCAAGGAUCUGCAGACCACCGUGUUCCUGAUCCCCAAGAUUAUUACGCAGAAGAUGUUGAGAGGGAAAAGUGUGAGGUCAGAAAGGAUCACAGACGGAUUUAUCCAAAGACGUUAGCCAGGGAUGAAGUUCCCUCCUCUUCAAAGUUGUCCAAUGGGAAAGGAGACGGAGGACCACCGUGUGUUGGAGAGGUGGAGCUGAAUCGGGAAGGAUGUUUAAGAAUACCCUGCACUUUGCAACGCAAAAGCAGUAAAUCCCCUGCCAAUCGGAAGCGUAUCUCAUUUGAGGGUUUACUGCCGUUAUCUCCAGAGCUUACGCGAGCCGCCACGCGCUCCAGCUCAGCCGGACCCGAUAAGAAUGGCGUUACGUUUGACAGACCAGGAGGAAGAGACUUUGCUGCACCACGUGUUCGGCCUAAGAGACCUUACUCUGCUGGUGAUACUUUGGACUAUGACUUCAACACAGCUCUGCCAGAACCACUAGUGGAGGAGGGGCAAGGACAUUUGGGAGAGGAACAGUCCAGUGCCAUCAUUGAGCACAUUCUCAAAGAGCUGAGGGGCAUCAACAAAAUCCAGGAAGAAAUCUCAGACCUCAGGGAUUAUCUUACCUCAGUUAAGGGUUCUGUUGAGGAAGUGUCGUCCUGUGUGGACGCUGUCCUGUUGGAGAUAGAAGGCAUCCGGUCCAGCAGCAAGGUUGGCUCAGGUGCAGAUACCUGGUUAGGGGAAGGGUACAUAGAUGGCUCAUCCCCCCGCAGGAGGCCUGCUAGCGUCCAUGGAAGUUUAGGCCGUUCAGCACCAAAGUCUGCCUCUGAUAAUUUUCCUGAGGUGUGCAAAGUGCAACAGGGCGUUCACAGAGAAUUGCGACCUCCAAGAGCAGAAGACUACAGUGUGUCCCCAGUCGCUGAGUCAGUCAAUCAUCAGGACCUGGAGGAAUUCGAGGAUACUUCUGACAUCAGCUCAGACAUCCCGGAAGGUGCUCUAACUAGAAAGCUUAGCUUGAGAUACCAGGAGAGGCAGGACUGCCCGGACUGUCUGAGCACCAGCUCCUUGUCGUCUCAAAGCUCCAAGUCUGAAUCAGAUUUAGACAGACCAACAUCUUGUCAUGAAAGGACACAGGAAAUUGCUCCCGGUGCAAAGGAGUACUGGACUACCACCAAGCCACUACAUCGGACUACUGAUGAGCAUCUGUGGGAUGAGGAACCUUCUUACAGGGAGGAUCAUAAAGUGGAGACUUGCUUUGAUGGAGUAGCUGAUUGGGAUCACUACAGGACACUAACACAGUGCUCCUCAAGGAGCUUGGAGCAUCGCUCUAGACAGCGGUACAACUCAGCUGGCAGGACCUCACGCAGGGAGGAGUGGCAGACACGGCGGUCUCGCUCCCAGUCAGGCAUUCUUACAACGGCAUACUCUGCAGACUGUUCCUACCCAAAAAGUUCUGGUUACCAUUCAUUUGAUGGACACUAUGGAGCGUCAAAUGGAUUUGACUAUGGCCCAUCAAACGACUGUCAUGUUGGGAGUUAUCAAGAAAGUUAUUUCACCUAUCAAGACUCUACAGCAGUCACAUGGAGUGAGGCGUCGCGGUGUAGCAGUGAAAAAACAUUGAUCCCUGGUACUGAAACCAGACACCAAAACCAAGUCCCUUAUCCUGGUAGCUCAGAUAUCCAACCAAGUUUCGAUGUCAGGCGCAUAAGCCGAGCUGUUUCUGAUUUUAGCUCUGCUUUGCGAGGAGCUUUGCGAAAACUUGAGGUACCAGCAGACCAGAAUCCUGAAGAUGAAACAGACUUGGAAGUUUCAGCGAUCUGUGACAUGUCUACAUCUGAGUUGCCUACAAAAUCUUUCAGCUGGGAUAUCGUUAGCCAAAAUUUUCCUCUGGAGAAAUCACACUUUUCCUUUGAAGAAUCCUCAACUUUGGAGUUUGCAGCCACAAGCCAACACUAUCCCAGUUUGGAAAUGAUUCCUACGGGCCCAGAGGAACACCUAGUCUUCAUCAGCCAAGCAGCACUUCCACCUGACGACCUGACGGAACACCACGCUGGGGUUGUAGAGGACCGGCCUCCAGAUAACACCAGGGCCGAGCUGUCCCAGCACACCACCACAGAGUCCUUGUCAGCCUCUGUCCUGGCUGAACAAGCUUCAGGGCAACUCAGGGAAGGUCAGCAAGCAUCCACAGACACAGCAGAAAGAGAAGCUGGGGAGGUAAGCCAGACGAACGAACGCAACCUGAAGUGCCUGAGGAGCUUCCAGCAGAUUCUGCGGGAGAAGCGGGAGAUGAGGCGCAACCUCGCUAGCAUGUCCACCCUGUCUCAGGAGGACUUUGAACCAGGUAGAUCAGCAGCUCAUUAAGAUGGAAGCCAAGUUGGAGAUCAGGUUUCUCUGCCUCCCAACAUUACUAACAUUACAUCACUA